AUGGCGGAGGCGGUCGCGGUAGUGCGCGCGAAGAAGCAGACGGAGGCGAAUGGCGAAAGAGAUGUGGCGGUGCUAUCGCGGUCGGAGAGUUUGCUGGACGACAAGUUUGAUGCGUAUGAGACGGCCAAUUAUCGCAUGUGGGUUCGGUCCAAAACCGAGGCGUUUUCCAGGCGGGCGAGCACGCGCGACGAGAGCUGCGCGGAUGGUGCGGAGGACGGAGAGGGGAAGGAGACCGCGGCAGGGGCUCUUUUGAAGCGCAGCUUGACGGCGGAUGCAACGGGGAAGACCAUGGCGCGGGGGGGUGCGCCUAGUAACGGCUUGGCGGAGAGCAUGAUGGCGGCGGGGGGCGAGAGCAUGAUGGCGGGCGCGGGCUUGCCGCGAUCGGCGAGCGAGGUCACGCUGCAGGACGCGGAGGUGGACGAGAUGGACAGAGAGGUGCUGCAAGGAGCGCCCAGGUUCACAGCGGUGCUAGAACUACUGGGCUGGGCUGGGCUGGGCUGUGAGGCGUUCGUGCGCGUGGUGGCGCUGCAGCAGCGAGUGCAGCACUACCGUGACCUGGGCUUGUUCGUGGUGCUCAUGGCGCUCUUCAUCACCAUCCUCUACCUCCAGGCCGACUCCUCCAGGAGCUAUGAAAUCACCGCCGCGCACUCCGUGCUCUUCCCCCCCGUAUGCCCCCCCGUUUCCCCACUCCAUGCUCUUCCCCCCCGUAUGCUCCCCCCUUACCCCACUCCGUUCUCUUCCCCCUCGUAUGCUCCCCGCUACCCCUCUCGUGCUCAUCCUCGGUUGCUUCCCCCAAACCCUCCACACUCCCCCACGCAUUCCUUCUCUCUAUACCCGCCUGUAUGCUCCCCACUUGGGGUGCCGCAGCCCUCAUUGGUUCUUUCUAACGCAUUCAUUCAACCGCACUGUCAUUAUAGCGCGCAUUCACUGGGGCGCGCAUUGGGGAAUCGUAGCAUGGGUGCAGUGCAGUGA